CACGACACACGUGGACGUGGAUGGACGCGGGUCGAUCGUGGAGCGGUGGUUCAUCUAUUUUAAUUUUUAUGUUGUCGUCUACAUGGUCUGGUAAAAAGACAGUACGAUGGUGUUAAUAGAUGCCAAAUUUCAGCCGUGGGCAACAGUGAAGGAGCAACUUCAAACCAUACUACAGACUGCUGACCCACAAGAUGUGUGCGUGACUAUUCCCUAUGGACUUCAGCUGCUUCACACUAUGCACCAUCCCCAUGUUGUACGCUGCUUGGCCUUCUACCACUCGACGGCCGGUGAUAUCUACGUCACUCUCAUCGACACAGGUGCCUGCAAUGAGAUCUACGUGUGGACCGUCAGCAGCCUGGAUGAAAACGUGGUGAAGUGUGCAAAGUUUCCCAUUAAAGCUGCCAUCUCGAGACUGAUCUUUAUUCCACAUCAUAGAGUCUUUGUGGGAUUCUGCACUGAUAUGACCCUCCGCACAUUCAGUGACUUGAUUCAUAAUUGCGCUGAGCUGACCCAAGUGACAUGUUUGUCUACAGUGCUUUGCAUGGCAUACAAUGAGUGCACUGAUGAAUUGAUAACAGGUGGCCAUGGCUGCCUUCAAACAUGGAAAAUGACGCACAUUGAGCUGCGUGACCCACUGACCCCAGGUCGACCUAUCGAGUGCCAGAUCACCUCGGACGAUUGGGUGCGAGACCUACAGAUAGACAAGAGGCUUCGCCAGCUGGUGGUGCUAUGUGAUGAGGGGGUGCAUAUCAUAGACUACCAGACCAACAAACAGAUCUUCUUCAUUCGCAACUGGCAUGAGACAGCACUGACAAGCUGUGUUUUCUACCGCCGUUUAGAGUACUUCAUUACAGCUGCCAUGGAUGGCUCCAUCAAAGUGUGGAAUGCUGUAGUGUACAGUCAGGUGCAUGAAUUCAUUGGGCACUAUGAUUGCGUCACAGGCCUGGUGAUGCAUCCAUCUGAUCCUCUGCUGAUAUCAAGCUCCAAAGAUGGCACAAUAAGAGUGUGGAGACUGGACACCUUUGAACUGACUCAAAGACUGGACGUGGGCGAGAAGAUUCUGGGAAUGCGUCUUGCUAACGUUAACCAGGUGUACUAUUACACGCUGCACGAUGUCAAGAUCUACACUUUUAAUCAGUUCCAUCACAUGUUCACUCCGGUGAGAUCUUGCAUUCACAAGCUUGCCUGUGUUAAGACUGCCACCUCUCCUACCAGAAUCCUCUGUGCGGCUGAGGACGGUGGUGUACGCUUGAUUUCUGCUGUAUCAGGAACCAUCUUGACCAUCAUUUACCCAAUGGCCACAUACCAGAUCUUGACAGAUCUUGUGUACGAUCCCAAGCAUGAUAUGAUCUACACUGUCAUGGCCACCGGUGACGUGCUGGUCUUCAACAGCGCCACCAAUCCCUGCACGGCAGACCAGCUGUGGGUGCCGGGCCUGCCCGAUGAAAGUGUGCUGUGCUUGGCACUAUUCAAGCUGGAUUGCGGAUUGGGUCAGAGAGAGUCUGCAACCUGCGAAUCCCUUAUCUUUGCCGGUCUCAACAGCGGACAGAUUAUUCUCCUUGAAGCCCAGCAGCACUUCAUGAAGACACUAGUUAAGGCUCACCUUGGCCAGGUAUCAGCCCUGGAGUGUUCACACGGCCAAUAUGAAGGAGGCUGCGAGAGCAUUGGUACAGCAGACAGGCUGAUGUCUUGUGGUUCAGACAAGGUUGUCCGAGUCUGGGCUGUUGAGCUGACAGGUCCAAAAAGCUUACAAGUUAAAUUGACAUGCAGAAAAAUGAUCACCUGCUCUCUCUGUCCAUCUCUCAUAUCCAUGCUAGGAUAUUCACUGUGCAUGGUCUUGCCUAACAAUGUAAUUCACGUGUACGAGCUGCUUGAUGAGCUGGAAACCAAUGACGCUGUCAUUGGAGAUGAGAAUUGCAACUCGUCAAAGAUGUUGCAAAGGACCCGAUUGCAUACCCAUCUCAAAGAGCAUGAGCAUACAAAGAUGGUUACAGCCCUCUGUAGUUGCCAGUCCCUUGGCCUGUUUGCGACAACUAGCAAUGAUGGAUUGGUUAAGCUCUGGGAUUUGACCAACACAUUAGUCAGAGAACUGUGCUUUGAUGCGUCCCUACGCAGUGUCUGCUUUGCUAAUGAGCGCGGCGAUCUCCUGGUGGGCUUCCAAAACCAUGUCAGUUAUAUCACUGUAAGUACAUACCUGCCUCUGUAUUACAUGGAAAAGCUGCUAGAUGGGAUGAACUUCAAGGAUGAGGAAGUUGAAGAACCAAUCAGAUUUAAUCCUGACCUUCAACUCUGGUUUAACAUUGCCAACUUACCCACGUUCCCGACUGAUGCAGUCCUGCGGCGUCACAUACAGCAGUCUGCAGACCACCUGCAGAGGCAUCGGCUAAGUAUAGCUCCCCCUAGAGACAGGGGAGAUAGCGAGGCCAUAUCGUCCCCAGUGGUUGCGAGCAGCUUGAGCCCAGUUGAGUAUGAGUCGUCGUCCCCUACCCUGUCCUUUGAUGAACUGGACAAACUAAGCCAUGCCAAGCCUCGUGUUCGGUUCGGCAGCCUCAGACCCCCUCUAGGUGAGCCAGUCGCAAAGAAACAACAGGAAGGAGAUGAGUUAGACUCUGAAAAGCCCAAAGAAUCUCAGAUUCAAGAUGAAAUUGAGGCUGAGGAACCCACCCAGGUUAAGGUUGAAGAAGCGGCCGGUGACAGGGAAGAUGUGAUGGAGGGAGAAGAGGAGGCGGAGCUUAAAGGACUUUCUGAGGAGGAGGAAGAAGAGGAUUAUAACCCAUGGCCCAUUGCACCAGAUGGUUAUAUCCCAAACUCGGUCAUCCGAAGCAUCAUGGGAUACCGUCAUACACUGGAACCAAUACCAGAAUCACCAUGGAAACUCCAGCCUGUACCAUCAGGAUUCAAAGCAGUGAAGACCCCAGUUGAAUCAGAGUCUUAUGAGCACCACGAGCCCUUUAUCUGGGCUCCCUCAUCCUCAGAAGAGGAAGAAGAGUUUGACUUGCUGUCUUUAGAGGACCUCCCAGAUGAAGCCUGUAAGAGCAGGAUCUUCCAGGAGCUGGGAGUAGCCAACAUGAGCGUGACAGAACGGAGGAAGACACUGGAGAAGCUACAGCUGUCCGGGAUGGCAUUGCCAGGGAAGGUGUCUAUCCCUCAGCUUGAAGCUCUUGGAGUAAAAGCCAAGGGUAAAGGUGCCAAGCGAAGAAAGUCCAGAGGAAUUAAUGCAGUAGAAACUGCAGUAGUAAGACAGAAGCAGUUGAGAACGUCGGGUAUGAAGAUGGAGCUGGAGGAAUCGGAGGACGAGGAGGAAGAGUUGGUCAUGGAAUACACAACCCCAGAGCUUUUGAGGCACAUCGCUGCUAACAGCUGGUUCCCGAGGGGAGUUACUCUGAAAGUGGAACCUGUAGUCAGAACACUGCUGGAUCUAUUGGAUGAUGUUGCAGAUCUUCAGUAUAGGCCUGUUUGCGAGGCCGUGGUCCAAAUAUACAAGGAAUUAGGUAUCGGUGAUCAUCUGAUGGAGACCGUCCUCCGGGCUUACCGUGACCAACUGAAGAGCAGUCGAGCCAUUGUCAGAGCCAAUGCUGUCAAAACGCUGACAGCGUUUGGUCUGGACCGAAGGGAUGUCAUACUGAGCUUACUUCCAGCACUAACGGAUGAAAUGGCUGAUGUGAGAGACGAGACCAUGAAAGCCGUGGACGUCCUGGCGGGGAUCCAUGACAGAUCCAGCCUGAUGGGCUACCUGGAGAAGAUCGGUUUCUUGAAACCAUAUCAAGGCCAGGAGGAGGUGAUACAGGACCUGGCCCGUCGCUACACCCCAGACCUGUCCCAUCGGCCUGCUCUGCAUCCCUCCCACAUCCAGCUGGUGGCUCGUCGGAGGCCGGGGACACUACCAGAGGAGCGGCUCCCUUCACCCCUGGAGGGUAUGCCUUGCGUCUCACCCGUACUCAACGUCCACAACUGGCUGUCUCAAUACCAGAUGGAGUUGGGCCAGCGUCCCAGUGGAGAGGACAUCUUCCUCGGGAAUGAUUUUGACACAGAGCCACCAACUUACGAAGCAGUGGAACCAUGGAGAGAGAAAAUAUCCUCUGUACAAAGGAAGUAUGUGCCAUUUGCAAGCCAGGGGCAGAGGAGAACCUCUCAACCACCCACUGGAAGGAGAAGGGCCUCUAUGAGGUACCCUGCAUCUGGGAAACCCAUGCCGCUUCGGACAGACCAGCAGUUGACACUAGAUCGGAGGACCACUAGUGGAGGGUACCCUCUUGCCAGUAUGGGUCAGCAAGUUGCAGGUGGGACAUUUAAGCGUGUUGUUACUCCCACUAAACAACGAAAGACAAUGCACAUCGAGAUCCUUCAGGCUCAUGAAGAAUCCAUGGGGGCGGAGAAAGCAAAAAUGGAGAACCAAAUGCAAUUGAGACUACGUCAUCACCGUGACCGCUAUGAGAAGCUCAUGCAGCGACAACAACAGGAAAAACAUCAGCAACCCGUCCUUGUCCCCACGAAGGCAGGAUUGUACUCUUACUACAGCAAGCGAGCUCAGCUCGAGGCAUCAACAAAGGACUCAGAAUUAUACGAGACGGAUGUGUCAGAGUGGAGUGAGACUGCCCUUGCCCGCGCCAAAGCCGUCAUUGCGGCAUUCGCUGAGAUGCCGUCCCAGCCCUGCAAGAAGCCCCGAGACUGGGAGUUCCCGAGUGAAUCCGGGGUCGGAGGGUCCAGCCUCCUAGGGAGCAGCGGGCCACAAGGUUGCCCUGCUCCUAACAAGGAGCCAGCAGGUGGGGAGGCGGCUGAUGGCAGCAGUGGCUUCUUCACUGAGACCGACCUCUUGGGUCAGGGGUCAUUGCCGGGGAGGCCCAGGUCGAAGCUGACUGUGGAGAACUUGCAACGCCACGAUGCAUUGAGUGGGAAGGCCAAGGUGCUGAUGGAUGACGGCACUCUCUCAACUCGAACAAUUAUCUGCCGACAAAUACAAAAAGACUGGAGGGAUUUCUUCAGGCUGCCCUCUGUUCAGCGGAGGAAGAAGGAAAGGGCCGCCGUGCUGGCCAAGCGCAAACCAGCCCCUGACCUUCAGCCAAUCAAAUGCAUUUCCUCGGGGGUCAAAGUUGACAGGUCACGGGGGGAGCGGGGACAGAGGUUAUUGGAAGAGGUGGCUGUGGACGGAAGGCAGAGGGGAAACAAAGGGAAGGGGCCGGGGGAAGUGAUUUACUCACCUGUUCCGGAGAAACUGACAAUGAAUACCAAGAACAGGUCAACAGGUGUUAGCCACUACGGCACCUUGGAUAUGAUGUGGACAAUAGAUGGUCCAAUCAUUGCUGAAGCUGGAGAAGGUCACCACAAGGUCGUCUCCAUGACAGCAAUUCAUUCAAAACCUGGCCCGGCUAAGGAGAGUCACAAACAGUGUCUCCGACAACAGAUGCUGUUCCCUUCCUUGUAUAACAUGAGCGUCUUGGAUGAAAACCGCAAAAGACAUGCAGCUGUGGCCAGAGCAAAAGAGAAUUCCCCCCACUUCCCCGAUCUGAAGCCCCUCCCUCCUGCGUCAGAGAAAGUUACUUACAGAUGGGAAACUCCGGAGCCUGUGGUCUGUACGAAGGAGCUGAAGAAGAGGGCAUCAUUGCUGCAGACUGUGAAUGAAUCAAGGGUGACUGAAGUUGCAAAAGAACAGCGUGGUCAGGAGAGGGAACCUGGCAAUAGGACAACUCACGUCUACCUUCCCUUCCUGUCGCUGGACGUGCCCGAGACACCAGUAGUGCCGCAGAACUCGGUCAUCUCGCACCAGGGCUCCGUCCGUCUGCCCAAGAUCCCUACCGCCGGUGCGGCGGCCGGGAACAAGUCCAUGAUGGAAGACAUACAGGAGCAAAUAGAAGACAAACCCAGGAGCACCAUCACCAUUCCCCUGCAGUGAUAACAGCCAUAUCCCUUGAUAAACGAGACAACGUGCAAUUUGGCAUUUCUCUAGAAUUUGACACUUCUUCAGAAAUGAGAUGAUACUUCACAACACAACAGUCACUAAAAUGAUCAAGUUCUGUGUAAACAGUUUUACGGGGAUGAUUUACAUCAGAUUCUGUUUUCUAUCGAGGGUUUAAGAAUCAUUUUGUUGAAGGAAGGGGUGGUUUGGUUAAAUUUCUUGAAUAAAACUAGGAAGAUUAAUUGGGGAUAUAUGCACAGAUUGUUGCAUGGUUACAGUGAAUUAAGUUUUGUUAUAUUUCUCUUGAAGAUAUACAUGUAGUAGUGUCACUUGCUCUGAAUAAAUAAUAGACUCCUACCAUGAAAUUGAAUUCAUAAACUCUAAGUUAACCCCUGCUAUUUGCUAACCUUUGGGGAAAAAAAUGGAAAAAAAUGGAAUGGAUGUUUCCAGGAAUUCUGCAAACAGGGCCUUUGCAAUUUAUAAAUGGCCUGUACAAAUAAAGCAGGUUCAUUAUUUUAGAAAGGAAAGCAGCAAAACCAUGACCAGAAAUCAUGGGGCAGGUACGGUAGACAGCAGUCUGUGAAACAGCUCUGCAUGGUGUCUCUUGGAAGGCAACAGAAAUUGAUGGGUAACUUAUUGUACUUUCCGUCCACAGAAUUGCACAAAACAAAAUGUAUGUACAAUUGUGCAGGGUGUCACUCUUUUCAUAGAGAGUGGUAUAUAAGUUGCCUGCUUCACAACAUGAUUGCUUUUGUGCACUUGGUAAAUGAACCUUUGGGUUUUUAAACAAGCAGCGAAAGAAUUGAUUUCAGGAAUUGUAU